UCCACUCCUUAGGGGGGGCCGCAGCUUCAAAAAGGUUGAGAAUCACUGCUGUAAACAAUAGAAUAUAAUCAAUAUGAUCAGUUUAUACAUCUUGUUCAAUAAUGGUGAUUUAAUAAUUCUACACUGACAUAAACAGGGCUAUAUAUAUUCCACAGGAUGGAGAACAAACAGAGGUACUGGAUGAAAAUUCAGCUUCCUGGUAUUUUCAGCAGCCCUUCCCCACCCCCAUCACCCAGAAUGAAAUUUAGCUAAUUGUUUUAUUUCAGCCACUUGCUGAAAUUUCUGAAGCUAAAGGUUUAGUUGGUGAAGGACAUUAAUGCCCAGGAUAGCUCCUUGCUAUUACUAGUUUAACUAAAACAAUCAGGAAUGCAGAAUACAGCAAAUGUUAAAACUUUUCCCCAAAAUAAAAGGAAUUAUGCAAGUUUGUUCAAGUUAGAUAAUUUGUAACAUCUUCAAAAUCAAGCUAUUUUGGGUGCAUACUAUUAAUUUUUAAAAAACAGAAGUUGAUUAUAUAUGCACAAUUACUUCCCUUGAAGCCUGAAAAAAAGGAAUAAAAAGGAACCAGACAAUUGUCCUUAUCAAUAUACAGUAAUGAACUCACCAGGUAGCCUUAUGCUACCUGCCCUGCCCUGCCUCUUUCCAGCACUUUCUUCACAAUUUGGAAAUAAUACUACUCGUCCAUUUUGCAAGGAUGAAGUAAAGAUUACCUAGAAUUAUCUGGCCUGGUAACACAUGAUUUGCUUAAGCGUAGUGUAUGGAACAAACCAGAACUGGCUGGAUGGCACAUAUCAAUCAAGCCAUAAACCAUAGCGUACAAACAAUAAUGCCUAUGCUUGCUAAGCCAAAAAACAAAGUAAGUUUAACUUAAUAUAAUUGGGGUGGACUUAGUUCAGAAAGGGCACUCAGAACCUUUCUUUAGCAGCAGUCACGUGAUCACAAUCACGUUGGCAGUCUCACUGAGCGCUCUGAAACUCUAUUUCAUUGAUUGAUUGAUUGAUUGAUUAUAGGCCAUCAAGUCGACCUUUAGCGACCACAUAGAUUUCCCUGCUAGGAACUGCUAUAUGUGUGCAAUUUAUAUCUACAGCCCUCUCUCUCUUGCAAUAUGGAGGGGGGGCUGAAGAGAGCAGUCCAAACUACUUCCUAAGGUCCCCCUCAAGGUUUUAUCGCUCAAGCUUUUAUCCCUUGAGGAGGAUUUUAAUAACAUCCUUGUCCUCCACCUCGAAUUCAAAGUUUUUCACGGGAAGUGCAUUUUCAUGCAUUCGUUGUCUCCCAACUCCGCUCUUUCACACAGGGAAAAAAUGAGGGUAAGAGGAAGCAUCUGGAAAUCCCCCCUCCCCAACACACACAGACACACACACCCGCGCGCUCUUUUCUAGUUUCCGCGUGCAUUUCCCCGCGGCUGGCUCUCUGCCCGCGCUCCUUUUCGGUCCUUGCUGCGCCCCGUCAUCCGAAGCUGAAGUCCGGCAUGGAAUCGAUCGAGGAAUUGGCUCUCGGACCUUGCGUCGCCUCCCAAUACUUGCGGCCCUUUAGCCUCCGUUACCGCCAGAAUGGCAUUUCAAAACUUUGGGAUUUCAUGAGGACUCAUGACAGUGUGUCCAUUCUUAUCUUCAAUAUUUCUCGGCAAUGCUUUGUUUUGGUGAAGCAGUUCCGUCCAGCUGUCUAUAUGUGUGAAAUGGAACAACAAUGUCCUCAGUACUUUGAAAAUAAAAGUGAAGAGAGUUGGUGCCCUCUGUCUGAUUUUUUGCCUGCUUCAAAAGGAAUCACAUAUGAACUCUGUGCUGGUAUUGUAGACAAGCCAGAGCUCUCUUUGGAGGAAAUUGCUUGCAAGGAAGUUACAGAAGAAUGUGGCUAUGACGUUCCUGUAACCAGCCUAAAAAGAAUCACUUCAUACAGAUCUGGAGUUGGUGUGACAGGAUCAAAGCAGACAUUAUUUUAUGCGCAGGUAACUGAUGAGAUGAAAUCGAGUGAAGGAGGUGGCCAGCCAGAGGAAGGCGAGCUGAUUGAAGUUGUGGAAAUACCUCUUCAGGAUUCCAUGAAAUUUGCAUUUGAUGAGACUUUCCCUAAAACUAUGGGUGUUAUCUUCAGCUUCAUGUGGUUCCAGUCCAACAUAGCACCAAAGCUGUGAGAAAAAUAAGGCACUAAGAGAUUCUGAACAAAUGGAGCAGAGAGACAGGACCAUGUUGGGAGCAAUCUUUCAGGAUUGUAUAGUUCCUAAAUUUGCUAUAAUAAAGAUUCACAAAGUUAAUCAUUUGGAAAUGCAGAUUUAGAUUAUGUGCUAAAGUGGCAGAUAAGUAACUCAAGUUUUAAUAGUUUUUUCAUCCCAUAUUUUAUCUCUCAUCAGACAGGAUUUGAGGGAAGAACAUUUGCAAUACACGAGAGUCUCCCAGUUAGAAACAAGAUUUUCUGAUGAGAAAUAAUAGGCAAACACAAAUGGCUAACUUACUGCGAGAUACUAGAAUUUUGUCAAGGGGAAUGUUAAAA